CUGUGCGCUGUGGCGGCGGCCGGCGCCGCCUCCAUGUUCCAGCUGCCCAUCCUCAAUUUCAGCCCGCAGCAGGUGGCCGGGGUAUGCGAGACCCUGGAGGAGAGCGGGGACAUCGAGCGCCUGGGGCGCUUCCUCUGGUCCCUGCCCGUGGCCCCCGCGGCCUGCGAGGCGCUCAACAAGAACGAGUCGGUGCUGAGAGCCCGGGCCAUAGUGGCCUUCCACACGGGGAACUACCGGGAGCUCUACCACAUCCUGGAGAACCACAAGUUCACCAAGGAGUCCCACGCCAAACUGCAAGCCCUCUGGCUGGAAGCGCACUACCAGGAGGCGGAGAAGCUGCGGGGCCGACCCCUGGGGCCGGUGGACAAGUACCGGGUGAGGAAGAAGUUCCCGCUGCCGCGCACCAUCUGGGACGGCGAGCAGAAGACACAUUGCUUCAAGGAGAGGACGAGGCAUUUGCUGCGGGAGUGGUACCUGCAGGACCCUUACCCCAACCCCAGCAAAAAGCGGGAACUGGCUCAGGCCACGGGACUUACCCCCACGCAAGUGGGCAACUGGUUCAAAAACCGCAGGCAAAGGGACAGGGCAGCAGCCGCUAAGAACAGGCUACAGCAGCAGGUCCUAACGCAGGGCUCGGUGCGCUCGCUGCAAGCGGAGGAGGAGAGCGGCGGGGAGGCCGUGGGGGCCGCCUCCAGCCCCGCAGCCAGCCUCUCCAGCAAAGCGGCCACCUCCGCCAUCUCCAUCACAUCCAGCGACAGUGAAUGUGACAUCUGA